AUGGGCACGUUUAAGGCUUCAGGUCCUGGUGGUCAGCAUCGUAAUAAGCGUGAGUCUGCUGUCCGUCUCAAGCAUCUCCCUACUGGGAUUAUUGCUCAGGCUGUUGAGGACCGAUCACAGCAUAUGAAUCGCGCUUCAGCAUUGAAACGCCUACGCACUCUAUUAGCUAUCAAAGUUAGGAACAGUGUGGAUGUUGAUGCAUAUACACCUCCACUAGAGCUACUUCAGAUUCUGCCUCUUAAAUCAACAAUUAGAGGGUCGGAUUGUGGCCCGCAAAUUGGACCCAAGAAUCCUAAAUUUAUCUUGGGAAUGCAAGCAUUGCUGGAUCUAAUCUUUGCUGUUGAAGGUUCUAUAUCAGAAGCGGCUAAAUUACUAGGGUUAAGCACAGGGGCACUAUCACGUUUGGUACUAUCAGAUGAUUCUCUUCGAAUGGCAGUGAAUGACCUGAGGAAUUUGAAGUACAUUCAAAUUUCAAGGUACAAUAGGCCUCCAUGUCAUCCCCCAACAUGCACGCUGCCGCCACCACCACCACCACCACCAUCACCACCACUUUCGGUUACUAGACUAUCCAUUUUGUUUGAGGAAUGGAAUGAGCAAUCAUGA